GUCGCGGACGCCCUGGACGGGUCGUCCGUGUUCCUCGUCGGGAUGAUGGGCACGGGGAAGUCGUCCGUGGGGAAGAAGCUCGCCGCGGAGCUCGGCUACAACUUCUUCGACACCGACGAAAUCAUCGAGUCCGUGACGAAGAUGACGAUACCGGAGAUCUUCGCGGAGGAGGGCGAGGACGGCUUCCGCGAGAUCGAGACGCAGAUACUCGCGGAGAUCGCCUCGUAUAAGAAAUGCGUCGUCGCCACCGGCGGCGGGAUCGUCAAGAGGAAGGCGAACUGGAUGCACCUUCGGAACGGCAUCGUGCUCUGCCUGAGCGGCUCCGCGAAGCUGUUGGCGCGUCGGGUCGCGGACGCGGACGGCGGCGCGUCGCGGCCGCUGUUCAAAGACUGCGACGGCGACGUCGAUAAGAUCGCGGAAAAGAUACAGGAGAUGAUGAAAGAGCGCGCGGAGAUGUACGCGAACGCGGACAUCAGCGUGCAGCUGCUCGUGGGCGACGAC